AUGCUCAGGUUGGUGCAUAUUGCUAGAGAGGUUUUUAUUUCUUCUUGGGAAAAUGCAUGUGAUCAGCACAGGGCCAAUCAGCACUGUGCAGACAGAGGUCAGGGGUACUGCAUCCUCCUAGAGCAGAAUGUAAAACUCCUACGAGCUUUAACAUGUGCUCUGCUGGACACUGAUAGAAGUCACAAGACUGCUCUAACUGCUGAUGAGGAAAUGUAUUUGGUAGUUUAUAUUUACUAAAAUAAUUGUGUUUCCAUGUUAUGUAUACUGUGGGAGACCAGAUAUAGUGAAUGCAGGGUCCUGGG